UUGCCUCGGUUUCAACCAAACAUGCACACGACAGUCAUCCACCUUAAGUAGAAAUGAGGAAGUUAUGCUACAUUUUGUUCCCGUUCCUGUUCCUUCAAAUAAGCCUCACCAACGCUCGAUUUUCUGUUUGUGUAGCCUUCUGAGGAUUAUAUUUUAGAAGAUGUCUUAUAUGGUUGUACAAACACACACGCCGGACCUGCUACAUUUGAAGAGGUCGCCUGGGAUUCGCUCGUGGUCAUUACUUGUUGGCAUUUCGUCUGUUGGACUCGCUGCUGCAUACUACAGUACAGAUAGCCUGUGGUGGAAGUCAUUUUAUGUGACAGGCUGUUUAUUUGUGGCCCUUCAAAACAUGGAGGAGUGGGAGGAAGCUGUGUUUAAUAAGGCCCGUAACACGAUCGAGCUUCAGACUUUCAGUCUAUAUGCUCUGGUGCUCACUGUGACGCGUAGGGGCCACGACCAAGUGGUAUUGAACAUGCAGCACCUGCAUGAUCUCACUGUAAAGGAGGAGAAGGUCCGCUACUUGGGUAAAGGAUAUGUCCUCAUAUUGCACCUGGAGACCGGCUUCUCUUACCCACUCACUCAGAAUGCCAUACUGGCAGGACAAAGUGAUGUGGAAGCAGUUGCAGCACUUCUAAGACGUUUCCUGGGCCUGGAGGAGGGAUCAUGUGUUUCACAGGGACAUGAGCAGGAUACGGAAAUGGAAGAACACAGUGAUCUGAAUGACAGUAGUAAUUCAGAGGAUUAAAAUAAACGUUCUCUGUUAGGAAGACAGGAAGGGUUAUGAGUUCUUACUACGUGAGAUAAAACGGCAAUCAUGAUAACCUGUGCCUGAGCCAUGCCUUAUUGGAAAGCUUUGUUAAAUACUGUCAGGAAUUUUCAAACGGGAAAUUGCUCUGAAGCUCUUAUUGCACUAAUCCCAGGAGAAUGGAGAUGGACAGACAGUGUUAAUUCUGUUCAUUCAACUUUGGCCUUGGUUCUGUGGUUGCUAUGGUAACGACAGGAAUAUUGUAUUUUUGUGCCUUUGUUCCAUUUGCACCUUUGUAGUUUUCUCCUGUCAUUGUUUGUCACUAUUUCCAUCUCUGUUAAAGAAUGAAUUUCCAUAAAGCAAUCACAGCCUUAUUGUGAAGAUCAAUAUUAUUCUAUUACCAUCACUGUUCUAAACAUUAACAGACAGGAGAACACAUAUAGAAAGGGGCAGACAAAGGUCUUGACAUCUCUGAGUCCUUCAUCUCUGAGUUCAUGCACACUACUUUGUGUUCCCUGUAGGGUCCAUUUCAAUGAUAUAAAUCUUCAUCUGUUAACUUGAUGCUUAUAAAACAAUUAUCUGAGGAAAUGUCCCCUCCCUCCCGUGAACCAGAGUAGAUCCGGCCUGGUCCUUCGAGGUCCUGAUCCAUUUUUUCUCCAUAUUCAUCCUGUCAUGUUGUGUUUCGUGUGUGUGCCAUGCUUCCUUUUUCUCCGCUCCAUGUUUGACUUAAAUCCUGCUCUUCCUGGUUCUGGUGUGCACUGCCACCAGCACAUCUGUGAUUGGUCUCAUCAUCAUCAUCAUCAACAUUUCAACUUGGGCCUGUGGAUUACUCAUGGCGAGUUCUCACUACUGACUACAUGUCUUGCUCAUGUGCUCUGGUGCCUUGCUGGUAUUCGGACUCUAACUCUGGAUUUGCCUUUGCCUAUUGUUCUGAACUAUCUCAGUGUUCUUGGAUUUUUGCCCUUGUUUGUUUUUUGGCCUGUUUUUCCCUGUCUGGUCUUUGAGUCCCUAAAGUAAGUGCUCGGAUUCUGUUUGCUACUGUCUGUUCUAAGCCCUCUGGAUUCCUAUUUUCUUGUUCCUUGUGUUGGAUUUCUGGAGAUUAUGAACCGUGGGCUGACUAAGCUUAAGGAUCUUCAGCCUGACGAAGGAAGACAUCUUAAACUCCAGCCUCGUUUUACUCAAUCUGUUUAUUGUGUCUGAUUUUGGGUCCAGUUCAGAUCUCUAGCCUCAUUGGCCGUGACCAAAAACAUGCUCAGCCACCCAAUUGCAUGUUACAUUCUGCAUUAGCUUGUUUGAUGCCUGACAUCAAAAGCUCAGAGUUGAAUAUGUCCAGCAGAAGUCUGUCUGGAAGCAUCCCAUUAUAUUCCUUGGAUCUGUUAGAAUGCUGUAUGUCACAAUAUCAUGAUAUUCAAUCACAUUAUAUUCCUUGGAUCUGUUGUAAUGCUGUAUGUCACAAUAUCAUGAUAUUCAAUCACAUUCUAUUCCUUAGAUCUGUUGUAAUGCUGUAUGUCACAAUAUCAUGAUAUUCAAUCACAUUCUAUUCCUUAGAUCUGUUGUAAUGCUGUAUGUCACAAUAUCAUGAUAUUCAAUCACAUUCUAUUCCUUGGAUCUGUUGUAAUGCUGUAUGUCACAAUAUCAUGAUAUUCAAUCACAUUCUAUUCCUUGGAUCUGUUGUAAUGCUGUUUGUCACAAUAUCAUGAUAUUAAAUGCAUGAGCCUUUGGGCCUUUACGUA